GAGAGAGAGAGAGAGAGACACAGUGACACAUUCAGACUGCGCGCACGCCCAUCGAGCAGUAUAAUAACGCACUCUGACAGAUAAACAAUGAGGAAGGAGCCGCUGCGGUUGAGGAAAUCAUGCACAUGUUGGAGGAUUUAAAUCGACAUUCGCACGGUUUCUCGACAAAAUACACGGAUGAUGCGCGCUUUGUGAGGGAGCGAUCUGCAGCCUUUCAACAUAAUCUUUAUGUCAGAAUCGGCGCCAGACGAGGAGGGUGACUUUUGACUUGGAAGUGUACACAUUUACACGCACGCACACAAAAAAAGCCCUAUCUGACAUUUUUUUUUCUGCAACGCUGGGGCUUUUGUGGCUUUGAGAGGACGUUUCGUAAUGAUAUAAAACUGAAAGGAAGGAAGGAUUUUUUUCAAACCUCCGUCUACAGCAGUCGCCUGCUUCUCGUUUUCCUGGUUGGUGGAGUGUCAGAAUAGUUUUUUCUUUCUUCUUGUCUGAAUGGUUUGACCCAUGAUUUUUGGGUGUUAUUGCUGGGAACCCGCUUGACUUUGUCCGCCAGGAGCAACGCAGAACAAGGAGGAGAAGAGGGGGGGUGGAUCUUUUUCUUUCUCUUUUCUUUUUUGUCUUUAUUAUUAUUUUUUUAUAUAUAUACAGCUAUCGGGUUCCUCGGAUCGUUUGGUUUAGAAGCAACAGAGGGAUUAAAUAUUCCUGCUCGCAGCGCCCUGUUUGUGCGAGCCAGACUGGCUUACAUUGUGAGAGGAACGGUUGUGGCAAGAGAAAGAAGGGCUAUAAAUAGCGCAUGCAAUUCUCAAAAACUAUCACAAGUGGUGCAUCAGCUUGUGGAGCACACGGAAUCAGAUAUCCUGCAUAGCAAUCGCCUUUUUUUUCGUAUUGAGUAGAUCUUUUUUUUUUUUUUUCUUUUUUCUUCCUUGCAGCGUUUCUAUUUAAAGUUUCGACGCGUAGAAUUUCUACAUAUCUGGGCUGUUUUCUGAGAAAGGAGGGGAAAAGGAGUGGUUUUCUCAUGGAUCGGGGCGAUUUAAUGAUGAAACUACAUGCGGAAAGACUGAUUUGGAGACAAGCCGAUCUUCCUCUGCGCGUGGAUUGAAAUGGAUCUAUUAUAUGACAGUGAUCGCAUUUGGAAUCGCCUGACCUGGAUUGUAACAAUGUUGUGAUCUCUCUGUCUCUCUCCCCCCGCUCCCCACAUCAUCUCCCUCUCUCGCUCGCCCGCUCUUUCAACACACGCUUGGAUUUAUACGCACGGGCUUUAUGGAUGCAUUGUGCACUUCGUUUUGAAUACGCCCAUUCUCUCAUACCGACCAUCCCGAGUCUAUUAUCCGCGGCUCUUGUAAGACACGUACAAGGGAACCGAUUUGUCACCCCUGAUCGGUGUUUGGAUACCGAUGUAAGGAUUUCGACAUGCCCUGCGCUGGCGACCCCAAAGGCGGACGAUUAUGACUGCAACGGCGAAUUGGGUGGCUAACGGGGCAAGCCUUGAGGACUGCCACUCCAACAUCUUCUCUCUGGCGGAGCUGACGGGCAUCAAAUGGCGCCGCUACAGCUUCUGCAGCGGCGGGGAGUACGGGCCCGUGAUCUCGGCCCCGGCCCAGGACGACCCGGUCCUGCGCAGCUUCAUGCACUGCGUACAGGCCAACCUGCUGUGUGUGUGGCGUCGCAAGAUCAAGCCCGAUGCCAGGGAGUUGUGGAUCUUCUGGUGGGGCGAGGAGCCCAACUUCUCUGAUGUCAUUCAUCAUGAGCUGAAAGGUGAGAAAGCGAGGGAGGGGAAAGAAAAAAAAAAGCCAUGACAGAGAUGAAGGAUGAGGCUCGCAGCUCUGCUCUAUCCGUCUCAAUUAUUUUUUCAUCCCAUCGGUCUUUACCUCAGCUUCUAUUGUGCUCUCAAAGUUUGGGUUAGAAGCUUGUACACCAGGCAUAAUUUGAUGGCUGCUCUUUAUUACGCUGCGCCGACUUAUAUAGACUGGGGAAAUAUUGCAUGGGAUACAGCUAUAUUCUGGUUUUAGUUGGUUUUUAUGAAAAACCGACUGCAAAAAAAAAAAAAAAAAUGAGAUGGAGGUGCAUGCCAGGGAUGUGAGCCGCUUGAGUGCCAAAUAGAUCUGAGCAUUAAAGUGUGCCUGAACAUAAUACACUACAUGAGCCGCAGAGGCCAACAUAUAGCAAAGUCAAUAUUCAGGUUAUUUAGUCGGCUGCAGAUCGGAGUUGCUGUGCUGUUUGUUCAAGAUGUUCUGGAGACAUUGAUCUGUUUUCUGUGGCGCGCUCCUGUUUUUGAGCCUCAUAUAGCAUAAAUGUGAAAUGUGUUUGGUUUGCAAACUCAAGCAUUUUUGUGCUGCUUCAGGAGUAUCGCUGUGAUGAAGCACAGAGCGACGGAGUUGGGGUUCUUUUUUUUUUUUUUUUUUUCUCCCCUUGCUACUGUUUACCGGAUACCUGGAUUUGUGCCUGUGCGUGUUAGUGAAAAUUACACUGCGAUAUCUCACUUUGGAGAGUGCUACUGUCAGCAUUAUUGUCCCUAUUUAUAGAGACAUUUGCAUUAUCUCCCCACGCACGUGUAUGGCUGUCCAACAUAUCGACCGAGCCACAGGAAGACAGUGGGAGACAGGGGGGGAAAGGAGAGGGAUUAUAAUGGGCUUGGUUUUGCAGAACAACAGCCAGGAGGGGAAAACAGGUAUAUUGGUUUGAGAGGUUGAAGCAUCAGUUACCUAAUAAGCUGACUUGAUGUGAAAAGGCCUCUCAGGGGCUGCAGUAAGUAUUUGCCAAAUGUUCUAACUGCUGCUGCAGGGAGAGCCCUUUACUCUGUACAAAUGAGCAGCAUAGAGUUAUAUUUGCAUCAAGCUGUACUUAUGUACAAACAAGUGCACCGUCCUGCAGUGGCACACAAUGGCCUCCCUGAAUAAUGCAUUUUGUCGUACUUAUUGAUUUCGAAAGAUCCACACGGGCUCCUAACUAUCAUAAUAACACAAUGAGUCAGUGUGGCGAGAGGAGGAGGCAGCGAUUUGAUUUUGAGAGCAAAAACUUCAUUACCUGAACCCAUAAAACGAGUAUGUAGGAGGGCGAAAUUUUAGCAUUACCUCACCAAUUUAAGCGCUGCUAAUGGCUACCGAAAAUAUUGAUUAUGAGUCUCUUUGAGGUCCAGUAAACUUGAUAAUAACUGAGACAAUUCUAUUACAUUUUAUGGCUAUUGAUUCGGAGCUGCUGCAGUUGUGUUACUGCUUUCAAAAGUGUGAUUUUAUUUGUCUGUUUAUUCAUUCAGACAAUAAAGACGUAAUCAGAAGUUUGGUGUGUCAAAGGGCGAUUUUUUUUUUCCUCCAUGUCUCGGGUUUAUGGAAAUUUUUUGCUGUUGGAGAAAUUAAUUGUAAUCUUAUAUUGUUUGAGCUUUGUUUCAAAACCUACCGUCAUGUUUAGGUGAUUGAAAAGUACAUAUUUGUAAGUACAAAGUUGGUUGUUGAAAUGAUUACUCCUAAAGCUGCAGACUGCAAAUCUACUACUUAUAAAUGGACUAAGCUUGCGUAGAGCUUUUCCAGAUUAAUUGAUCACCCAACGCACUUUACACUAUUACACUUUAGUAGUAGCGGAAAAGUUUCUAUAAGGGUAAACUCACAUACAAAGAAUCAUGUUUUACAUUGGACUAAUAAUAACACCAAUCAGAGUUUUGCAGCAGAGUUCACAGUUUUUUGUAAGAACUAUAAUUAUUGCUGUUUAAACUUGAGUGUCCAUUAAUUUUCUCAUAUAGUCUCUUUAAAAUUUGGCUUUGACUCAUAUUUUAAAACAGUAAAAAUUCUGUAUAUAAAUUAAUUUUUUUUAUUCUACUGCUAGCAUAAUAAUGCUAACAGGUUUUGCAUGGUUAGCAUUGCUACCUGUAAACACAGCUCUCCCUGUCUAUUGGCUACAGAAUAUGGACCUUUUCCUUUGUUUUGACUUUUUAAAGGAUAAAACAGAGCAACUCAGUUGUUGUUUUUUUUUAUCUUAAAGUUUGAAUAAGCCACAGACAUGGCUGAACAUGUCUGUAUCACACGGUCACAUCUUUAAUCACCCCACCUAUACCAAAAUACCUAACUUAGUCCUUACUGAAAAGGAAUUGUGUUACUGCAAUCUGCGAGCCUUUAAGGAUGGUAUGUUCACGCAUCAGAAAAGGAUAGGAUUUUUC